GUGCCUUUACGACAGGCUGCAGCUUGACGCUCUCCAGGUCGACGGACGCUGCCUUGGAAACGACAUAAAUCCAGUCCACGCAGCUGGGUUGCGAGCAGGGACCCAGAUUUCCUCACUUCAAAGGGUUCUCUCCUCCUCUUCCUCCUCCUCCUCCUCCUUCACCAUUACCACCUCCUCCCCCUCUCUCUCUCUCUCUCUCUCUCUCUCUCUCCAUCCCUCCAUCGAGCUGCGAACAUGGACGACCUGGACUGAAAUGCAGCGCCGGAGAGAAGCAAACGGAGAGAGAGAAGCAUUUUAAAUAAGCGAGAGAAGGAAGAAGAAGAGGAAAAGAAGAAGAAGAAGAAGAAGGUGACGGGAGAGACUGCAGACAGGAGUAGACCAGAAUGCCGUUGGUGAAGCGGAACAUCGAGCCCAGGCACUUGUGCCGUGGGGCGUUGCCAGAUGGGGUGACCAGUGAACUGGAGUGUGUUACCAACAGCACCCUGGCGGCCAUCAUCAAACAGCUGGGCAGUCUGAGUCGCCAUGCAGAGGACAUUUUCGGAGAGCUGUUUAAUGAAGCCAACAGUUUCUACCUGAGGAUGAGCAGCCUGCAGGAGAGAGUGGACCAGCUGGCCGUGAAAGUCACCCAGCUCGACUCCACUGUGGAGGAAGUCUCCCUGCAGGAUAUUAACAUGCGGAAGGCCUUUAAGAGUAGCACCAUCCAGGACCAGCAGGUGGUGUCGAGGACCUCCGUCCCCAACCCCGUGGUGGAGAUGUACCACCGCUGUGACAAACCUCCUCCACUCAACAUCCUCAGCCCCUAUAGGGACGACAAGAAGGACGCACUGAAGUUCUACACCGACCCCUCGUACUUCUUCAACCUGUGGAAGGAGAAGAUGCUGCAGGCCACCGAGGACAAACGCAAGGAGAAGAGACGGCAGAAGGGCUGUCCGGCCCACCCUGACAGGCCCCACUCCAGACAGGCCCCACCCAGGAGCCCCCUGUCCAUCUCUGAGCAGCAGAAGCAGGUUGAGGACCCGGGCAGAGAGGUGAAGAAGGUGCGUAAGGCUCGUAACCGGCGCCAGGAGUGGAACGUCCUGGCCUACGACAAAGAGUUCAGACCAGACCCCAGGCUCACCCCCUCCCCUUACCAUGGCAUGUCCUCUGAAGGCUCCCUGUCCCCUGAUAGCAGGUCAAUGGCGUCCGACUCCUACCCUGCCAGCCCCAACCACCCCUCCACCCAGGCCCCCAGCGCCGUCCACCCCACCGACCUCCACGCCAGGGACCACCUCAGCGCCGCGGCCCAGACUCAGUCACUGGAUCGGGGCCUCAGGCCGGCAAACCAGCCCCCGGGAACCGGAGGGCCACCGGCGGCAGGGCGACACGCGGCCUCCCUGGGCAGAGCCCCAUCAGGACACGGGGUCCAGGGUGGUGGAGAUCCAACGGUUAACGGGCCGAGGCAGCAGUCGGUUAAGGAAUACCGGGCUGGGCACGGCGGCCAGCCCUCCACCAUCCCAGAGUACUAUAUCCCACCCGCCCCUCCCCCUCCUCCCCCAACCAUCCCCUCCGCCCAGACAGCCUUCGACUCCACCACCGCCCCGCCCUCCGCCGCCGCCUCCGCUGUCCCGCCCAUCUCCUCUACCCUCUCCCGUCCCUACUCCCCUUCCCCUCCUCCUCCCCCGGCCAACUACGUGCCCUCCCCAGCCCACCCCCCGUCAGGUGCGCCCCCCGCCGCUCCUCCACCUCCUCCGCCUGGAGUCCCCUCAGGCCUCCAAGCUCACCCAUCGCCACCGCACGCCGCCUUGGGACAGUCGGCUGUGGAUGCGGCGCCCGCGUCGAGGAAGUCCACCAUGCUGGGGAUGAUCCCGAUGAGCGACGCCCGCUCCGACCUGCUGGCCGCCAUACGUAGAGGCAUCCAGCUGAGGAAGGUGCAGGAGCAGAGGGAGCAGGAGGCGAAGAGGGAGCCCGUCGGCAACGAUGUGGCCACCAUCCUCUCGCGCCGCAUCGCCGUGGAGUACAGCGAGUCCGAUGACGACUCCGAGCUCGACGAGAACGAGUGGUCUGACUAAAUAUGUAAAAAAAAAAAAAAGAAAAGAAGAGCGUGAAAGAGACGGGGGCUCGGUGGGUGGUAAUGACCGGGAAUAGGAGGUUGGAGGGGGGGGGGGGCAUUGAGACACUGAGGUGGAAGUGAAGGGGUGUUUUAAAAAUAAAAAUAUUAAUCAUACAUACAUUCACACACACACACUUGCAGCCUCCCUGAACGUUUAGCACUUCUGCGGCAACAGGUUGGAAGUUCCAGUUUGCUUGGUUGCCCCUGACAACGCCUAUCCUUGAACUGAAACCCUAGGGGGUCUGUGCGUGUAACCACCCAGGGCCAAUCACAUUCGCACCAUUUCAACACCCUCCCGCCCCCGUCUGCUCAUUUUUAACCACUAACACUCAGCUGUGAAAAGCAAUCGCGCCCGUUUCCACCCCACCUUACAUAUUUGAGUGAUAAUAAUUAGCAAUAUUACGAGCUCUCAAACUUGUAGGUAGGUGGACCCCCGGUGAGUACGGGGGAGGUAAUGUGUUUACAAAACACAUGGUAUAGCACAAGAAAAACUAAUUAUAGUGCAAUCUUAACUUAUCUGCCAAAUGUCGAGAAGGAAUUUAUGAAAACACGUCAUCAGGGAAAGAAUAGCUCCUUAAGAGGAUCACUCCGCCUCGCCAGGACGUGCCUGUUUCAUGAAACAUGCGCACUCUCCUUAAGAGACUACACUGCCGGUGUGAGAGUUUUGCUCAUUGGUCACCAACAUGAGUCGAUAGAAUCAGCACAAUUAUUAUGUCUGUGUAAAGGACAGUACAGUUGAAUAUAUAGCCUGCUUUUGGUUUGUGAAAGAUGUAAUGAUUUAGAUUCUAUUUAAAGAAAUGAAUUUACAAUAAGACACAGAAUGAAUAUAUUUGGGAUAAAAUCCUCCAGAAUUGCUCAAAGAUCCAAUCUGUAUUUUGUACUUUGAUGAAAAAUCCUUAAUUUGGUGAUUCUCUACUGCUAACAGUUCAAAAUUCAGACCAGUUUUACGGCUAUAACUGAUGUGACAUUAAUAAUUUAGGUGUGAUUGUUAGUCAGUUUAAUACAAGACCUAUAAAUCAAUUGAACCCUAAUAGCAAGUUACUAUUUUGUCUUUUAAAUUUUCGGGACAGUGACUGUGUUUACAACAUUCUGUACGUCUUGUAUUUUGCAUUAACUUUUUCAUUUAAUCAUUUGUUGAAAUUAACUCAUUGAGAUAAACAUGACAUCCGUGAACCAGGUAACAUAUAAUGUAAAGAAAUAUAUAUGUGUAUAUAUAUAUAUAU